AGGACGCGCAACAGAUAGAGAGCCGAAAUCUCCGCUGGACGAGACGACGAUCUCUGCUCCUCUAAGUAACUGCUGUUUGAUCGGCCCCACACGCACACUCUUUCUUUCCGUAAGUUUAGCGUUCCUCUUCCUCUCCACCCCUUUUGAUCGGUCUCGAUUGGGUCACUGGACGUUCCGAUCUACGGUACUUUCAGUAUCUUGACAGGACCUUCUCUCCGCUUUGGCUUGGACGCUUUUGGGCGGGAAUUUGAUGUUCUCCUGUUUCGGGAUCGAGGGGUUUGCUAAUUUAAGGUUUUGAGAUGGGAUUUUCACAUCCCUUUGGAUGGUAAAGGGUUACUUUGGAGAUUUUCAGUGGAAAUAUCGGUUUUUUGCAAGUUGUGAUUCGCUUCUUUUGGGUUCUUCCCAGCGGAGGAGGAGAAUUUGGGCGCUCGGUUGAUACUGGACUGCUAUGGUGUUUUGAUGGAGUCGGCGAGGAGUUGGUUCCGGAAAUGGCAGCCUAGGAGGGACAAGACGAAGGAUUCGGCAAAGAAGAAGGAAAUGGAGGGUGGGAAGGAUAAUCAGAGGCAGGCUUGCGACGAGGCACCUUCCAACAUGACGAAGCAGAAAGUUGCAGCAGCAAAGCAGUAUAUUGAGAAUCAUUAUAAGGCACAGAUGAAGAGCUUGCAAGAGAGGAAGGAGAGGCGUUGGAUUCUAGAGAGGAAGUUGGCUGAUGCAGAAGUAUCUGAAGAAGAGCAGUACAACCUUCUCAAGUAUCUGGAGAAAAAGGAAACAGAGUAUAUGCGACUUCAGAGGCACAAAAUGGGAGUAGAUGACUUCGAUCUCCUCACCAUCAUUGGACGGGGAGCAUUUGGGGAGGUGAGGCUUUGUAGAGAAAAGAGCACUGGUAAUGUUUAUGCUAUGAAGAAGCUGAAAAAAUCAGAGAUGCUUCGCAGAGGCCAAGUAGAGCAUGUUAAAGCGGAAAGAAACCUUCUUGCGGAGGUUGACAGUGCUUGUAUUGUUAAGCUCUAUUGCUCCUUUCAAGAUGAAGAAUUUUUGUAUCUGAUCAUGGAAUAUCUUCCUGGUGGUGAUAUGAUGACGUUGCUUAUGCGGAAAGACAUUCUGACAGAAGAUGAGGCUAGAUUUUAUAUAGGUCAAACCGUCCUGGCUAUUGAGUCAAUACACAAACAUAACUACAUACACAGAGAUAUCAAGCCAGAUAAUUUGUUGCUUGAUAGAUAUGGACAUAUGAAGCUUUCUGACUUUGGAUUGUGUAAACCAUUGGAUUGUAGCAGCCUACCAAAUCUUAGUGAGAAUGAUUUUGCGUUGUCACGAAACAUGAAGUCCUCCUUAGAGAAUGAUGGGCACUCACACAAUUCAUCAGUGCCUAAACGCACACAGCAGGAGCAACUGUUACAUUGGCAAAGGAACAGGCGCAUGCUGGCAUAUUCUACUGUUGGCACACCUGACUACAUCGCUCCUGAAGUUCUGCUGAAGAAAGGUUAUGGGAUGGAAUGUGAUUGGUGGUCACUAGGAGCUAUCAUGUAUGAAAUGCUUGUGGGUUACCCACCAUUUUAUUCCGAUGAACCAAUGUCAACUUGUAGAAAGAUCGUUAAUUGGAGAACUCAUUUAAAAUUCCCUGAAGAAGCAAAACUGUCUGCUGAAGCAAAAGAUCUUAUUAGUAAAUUGCUAUGCAAUGUUGAACAAAGGCUAGGAACUAAAGGAGCUCAUGAAAUAAAGGCACAUCCAUGGUUUAAAGGUGUCCAGUGGGACAAGCUGUAUCAGAUGGAAGCUGCAUUCAUACCGGAGGUCAAUGAUGAGUUGGACACUCAAAACUUUGAAAAGUUUGAGGAGGUAGCACCAUCAUUGCAGACUUCUUCAAAAUCAGGCCCCUGGAGAAAGAUGCUCUCAUCCAAAGACGUGAAUUUUGUGGGAUAUACGUACAAGAACUUUGAUAUUGUGAACAAUCAGCAUAUGCCUGGCAUUGCAGAACUGAAGAAGAAAAGCAAGCCAAAGAGACCAUCAAUCAAGUCCUUGUUUGACCCUGCAAGCAGUCCCAGUCAGCCGGUCCAAGGAAGCUUCCUGAACCUGUUACCUACUCAACUGGAAGUUUCUGAGAGCCCUGAACGUCCACCUUUGCCCAACACGAAAUCUUCAUUGCAGCCUCAAUCUGUUCGAAGAUAAACCAAGCCAACUCCAAAUUUUGGAAGAAUUGUUUAUAUUUUCAUAGUCAAGAUUUUUUAUAGCAGAAAAGUAGCAGAAAGCUGUCUCCAGUCAUCUUGGUCUGCCAUGUAAGCUUUCAACGAAAUAUAAUUUGGAGUAGACCACACUCAUUCAGAUUAAAAGAAGCGGGAGAGGCAGGCUCUACUGCUGUUGCUGCUUUUGUAAAAUUCCCUUGGAAAGAAAUUUGGAGUAUCUUGUUUGCA